AUGGAGGCGGCAGCAGCAAAUGGAAGCGGCAGCGCGCUCGAUCUGCUUAUGAACAGUGCAGCCGGAUCGUCGUCGGCUGCAUACUCUACAUCAAUAUGGGGAGCACUAGGCGAGGCAUGGAAGAACGACCCUAGAGCGUUGUGGUCGAGUUACGCCAUGAUCAUCGUCUCGGAGAUCGGCGAUAAAACCUUCCUGAUCGCAGCAAUCCUCGCGAUGCGCCAAAGCAAGCUCGUCGUCUUCUCAGGCGCCUUCGCCUCGCUCGCCGCCAUGUCGGUCCUCUCCGCACUACUAGGCGUAAUGUUCCCCGCGCUGCUACCCAAGAGCUUGACCAACCUUUUAGCUGCAGGGUUGUUUCUGGUCUUCGGCCUCAAGAUGAUCAAAGACGGCCUUGCCAUGUCAGGGGACGAGAUCAAGGAAGAGUGGCAGGAGGCCGAGAGAGAGAUCGACGACGAGGAGGGCGGCAACGCGCACGAGCUCGAGUCGCUCGAACAAGGCCGGCCGUCCCAGUCGGCACCACAUUCCGCCAAAAAGGAAAGCGGCAUGGCACACACACUCCGAGAUGGCACGCGCAAUCUCUGCGGCCUGUGCUUUUCGCCUGUCUUCGCACAGGCGUUCAUCCUCACGUUUCUCGGCGAGUGGGGCGACCGCUCUCAGAUCGCCACUAUCGCCCUUGCUGCCGCGCACAACGUAACGCUGGUGUGCGUGGGCACCAUCGCAGGACACGCGUGUUGCACAGGUGUCGCAGUAGUCGGCGGCAGCUGGCUGGCAACCAGAAUCAGUGUCAAGCAUGUCACGCUGGGAGGUGCGUGCAUGUUUUUGAUCUUUGCCGUGGUGUAUGCGUGGGAGGCGUAUCAGGAUCCAGCGGGCGGGUUGGAUGUCAGCGAGGUCGUCAAGGCGGCGAAGGACGCGGUGGGCGCUGGUGGUGGCGCGGCUGGGGUAUGA